UCCCGAGCCGUCGACUCGGCAGCGUUUUGAGAUUCAAUUUCACUCAUAACUCAAUAACAACAACAACUUCCCGUGUCCCUAGAGCAACGCCCGCCAUCGACACUUGGACCUUUGGGGAAGUGCCUGUUACAGGAAUCAGGAUGGCACCGGGAAGAGUCCUAGUAAUUGCCGGCUCCGAUAGUUCUGGUGGAGCCGGCCUCGAAGCAGACCAGAAGGUGAUUGCUGCCCAUGGCUGCUAUGCCAUGACAGCCACGACGGCGCUCACGGCACAAAACACGAAAGGGGUUUAUGACAUCCACCUUGUUCCACCCGAGUUUCUCAGGAAACAGAUCGAUGCCGUCAUUGAGGAUGUCGGGGUCGAUGUGGUCAAGACUGGCAUGCUCGCCUCGGCAGAGACAAUCGAGACCAUCGCCGAUGCUCUCACACACCACAGUGUCUCGACUGUCGUCCUUGAUCCGGUGAUGAUAGCAACAACAGGCGCCCAGCUCCUGCCCCCCGAGGCCAUUCAUGUUCUGCAGAGCCGCCUGCUCCCCCUCGCCACCGUCGUCACGCCCAACAUCCCAGAGGCCCUGUUCCUGCUCCGCCAGUCCGACGCCGGACCGGCCGCCGACAUCGGCGCCGUCAGCAAGAUCGACGACCUCGAGGUCAUCGGCCAGGCGAUCCGCAAGCUCGGGCCCAAGUGGGUGCUCGUCAAAGGCGGGCAUUGUCCGCUCAGGAAGGACGGGACCGUGGCCGAGACGGAGGAGGAGCGGGAGACGGUGGUGGAUGUGCUUGUCGGGGAGGAUAGCGCAACAGGAAAGGAGAUCGUGGUGAGGCUGGAGUCGGAGUAUUGCGCCUCGAGGAACACGCAUGGGACGGGGUGUUCGCUAGCCUCUGCGAUUGCAUCAAACUUGGCCAAAAGGAUGGAGAUUCCGGCUGCGGUGCGGGCCGGUUGUAGAUAUGUCCAGGCCGGCAUUAGGAGCGCCCCAGGGCUAGGCGGAGGCAACGGGCCGCUGAAUCACUUUCACUCGGUUUAUUCCCUGCCAUUUUCACCGGGCUACUUCGUCAACUACCUUCUUGAGCGGCCCGGCGUUGCCCCCGUGUGGGACAGGUACAUCAACCAUCCGUUUGUACUGGCCAUGGGCAAUGGAACACUGCCGAUAGAGUCGUUCAAGGGAUACCUGAUGCAAGACUAUCUCUACCUGCAGAAACACUUUGCGAGAGCAAACGCGCUGGCUUCGUACAAGGCUAGUGCGAUGAAGGACAUCGCCGCGUCUGCCGCCAUCGUCACCCACAUCUUUAAGGAGAUGGAGCUACAUAUUGGGUAUUGCCGAGGCUUUGGCAUUUCCAAGGAAGACAUGGAGAAUACGGAAGAGCAUCCCGCAUGCACAGCAUAUUCAAGAUAUGUUCUCGACAUCGGGCAGUCCCAGGACUGGUUUGCCCUCCAGGUUGCCAUCGCGCCUUGUCUCCUCGGGUACGGCGCCAUCGCCAAGCAGCUGCACGCCGACAAGCGAUCCAAGAGAGAGGGGAACGUGUAUUGGACCUGGAUCGAGAACUACGUAGCUGACGACUACGUCGCGGCUGUCAAGGCUGGCUCCGAACUGCUCGAGAGACACGCGGUACUCCAAAGCCCGUCGCGCAUAGAGGAGCUGGUCGGGAUAUUCAUCCACGCCACCAAGAUGGAGAUUGCCUUUUGGGAAAUGUACAAGUCGCGUUGAAAAAAGGAACAAUGUGUUCCGUACUUGCAUGCAAGUGUGCUACGAGAGCAGUAGGAUCGGGAAAUCAAGAUGCUUGACAAAACCCGCAUAUAUACACCAGUAUUGUUAGUACUUCAUGGACUCUGUAGUACAGAGCGUACAUACAUACAUUCAUAUAGAGUUCGGAUUGCAGAGUACCUUAUAGAAUGUACUCCUUGUAAUCCCCACACAAGGCAUCGCCCUUGUUUCCUGGCUGC